GCUUGAUACACACACACAACUGUCAAACAGCGAAGCGUCUUUACGUGGCAAAUAUUUUUUUCGUCCAACAAAUUCCGAAAAUGCGAUAAUGUUCUAAUUAGAAUUCAGUCUUAUAUAUUUUUGUCCAGUAAAGUCAAAUUGCCAUCAAAAUCGUGUGUUGUGUUUAGUUUUGUUGAUUUAUAUCACGACAAUAGUUGUACUCGGAUCGGAGUAGACGUAUCUUUGUUCUAGGUGUUCGCCAGAUUGUCGCCAAUUGCUGCAGACUACCCUAACCUCAACACGAAAACCGCUCUCAAUUGCACAAGAAGUUCGUAUUGUAUUGACAUUGUAGAAGUUGGAUACAUUUAAUCAAUAUGACAGGCAGAGGCAAGGGCUUCAUGGGUUUGGGCAGAGGAGUCAAGAGACAAAGAAUCAAUUAUUUAAGCGAAGAUGAAUUCUCCGAUCAACCAUCCGAAGUUGAAUUCUCCAUUCAACAAUCCAAAGAUGAAUUCUCCGAAGAUGAAUUCUACGAAGAUGAAACAUCCGAAGAUGAAUUCUCCAUUCAACAAUCCAAAGAUGAAUUCUCCGACGAAUUUGUUACCAAAAAUCGAAUUCCCACGGAGAGUGUCAAAAAUUUGUAUUUGGACGAUUCAACGGCCGAUGUGUACUUUGUGUUCGAAUCAGAAGGCAUUCGUGUUGCAGCCCACAAAGCUAUGUUGUCGGUAGCAAGUGACGUUUUCAAAAAGAUGUUCUAUGGUGAUCUACCCGAAAAAGGAGAUGUAAAGAUCAGUGAUACUACAGCAAAGGCGUUCAAGGUUUUCUUGCAAUUCUUCUACUUGUCUGAAGUCAAAUUGCUCAAAGAAGACGUCGCUGAAGUCAUGGGGCUUGGACACAAGUACAACGUUGCAAAAUGUACUCAAAUUUGUGUGGAUUUCUUGAAAACCACACUCAACAUUGAUAACGUGUGCCGCAGUUUAGGGCUUGCCAUUUUAUAUGAUCUGGAUGACUUUAAACAAUCCUGCGAGGAGAAGAUUGCACAGAACACGUCGGCUGUGUUCAAAUCACAGGGCUUUUUGGGAAGUCCCCGAUCAGUUUUGGCCAACAUUUUGAAAAUUGAUACGUUGAUCUGUCGAGAAAAAGAUAUUUUCGAGGCAUGCAUGGCGUGGACCAAGCACGCAAGCAAACAGAAUGAUUUGACCAAACAGAUUGUUAAAGCUCAGCUUGGUGACAUAUUUUAUGACAUUCGAUUUGGUUCAAUGACAUUCGACGAGUUCGGUGCAUUUAGCCUUGCGUAUGGUACCAUAUUUGCACCAGAUGAAUACAGAGAAAUCGUACACAUGAUAUCAUGCCCAGGAUUCGAAUCAAAACUGUUCAAUAACAGUCCUCGAGGAUUACUCCAGCAACGGCAUCGACUAUAUUAAAUGUUAAAUAGAACAAAAGGCUAUGAUGAUGAUGAUGAUGAAAUUGAACAAUUAGAAUAAAAAAAGAUUAAAAUUCAUACGAAAUAAGAAGGAAAAAAACCCAAAUUUCCCAUAGAAUUAGAUUGAAAAAGGAAGAAAAACAAACACACACUUGCCAAUUUAUCGAUUAAUACAUUUUUGCUAAAACAUGAUGAUCAAAAUAAUUUUCUAAAUAAAACUCAUCUAUCAAUCGAAUCGUGGAAA